AUGGUUAACUCUGAUUACGAAACUGAUUCUGAACUUGAAGAGAAAGAAAUCUCCGAGGUUGAUUCUAAGUCUGAAUCUGAAGAAGAAAUAAAUGUUGAAUUUGCUGCUUAUUUUUAUAAUAACAAUUAUAAACCAAAAGAUUUAAACAAAGUUAAUUUAGAAGAAAAGAGAGAAGAAUCACAAAGAAACACUAUCAAAGAAUUAGAUAUCUCCUAUAAAGACCUCACUGACAGCUUGGAUUUAAGUGAUUUUGUUAAUUUAGAGAGAUUAGAUUGUUCUUAUAAUCGACUCGUUGAAUAUUUACCUGAUAGUUUAGAGCAUUUUGAUUGUUCGGCAAACGAAAGUGAAGAUGCUAAAGUAAAAGUUAUCGAGCAGGAACUAACCCAACAACAAAUUCAACUUCUCCAAAAACAACAAUCCCAAUUCCAAGAACAAGAGAAACAAAUCAACUACCUCGAACUUCGUGUCCAAGAAUUAACUCAACUAAUAAAACAACAAAAACAAAAAAUCAUUCAAGACUUUUUAAACGUUCUUCCCGAAAAAGAAUUAAUUCAGCAACUAAUCACUACUUGUUUAGAAUUCAAGAAAGCCGAAAAGCAAAAGCUUCCUUCCCGGAAAUUGAAAAAAGAAUGUCAAAGAAUUGAAGACGAGUUAGAAGAAAAGCUCGGAGAAGAAUUUGUUGAGAAAAUCCAAUUUAUUCUCAAACAAAAACAAACUUUAAAGCAAAUCACAGAUGACAAGGAAGAAAAAGAACUAAUCAUCAAGCAUGAAAGGGUUAGCCAAGAGCAAAAAGAACAAUUUCAAUCUCUAAAACUAGAAAUAGCCGAAAUGAAAGGACAAUUAGCCAUAAUAAAAGAUAGGCCUACUCAACAAAAUAUUAAUGUAGAGGGAGGUCAUGCUUUAAUUGGCAAUCAAAUUGGAGAUAAUGCUAAUUUGAGUUAUAAUAGACCGAUUGAAUUAUUUCCAAAAGAACAAGAAACCGAAAACUUAGCAAGUAGAGCUAAAAGACAACUAUCAAUCUCCUCCCAAAUUGACCGAGAGAAUAACAAAGAAAUUAAGUUAGGUGAGGAGCAACAAGCCCAAAUUAUCCAACCCACUUACGGUAUUCCUAGCUCCAGCAAAAACAAUUAA